AUGGCGAAACCAGAUCAGGCAUCACCGUCUCCAGCCGGUUGCAGGACUCUAUCCGAGGAUCCGAGCAAGACACACACAAUCGUUGCACGAAAUGCUAACGACACCUCUACACAUAACUCUGCUGGCGAUACGAACGUCACCAUGUCUUACACCAGUUCAAACAUGAACCACGAUAUGCCUAACGCCAGUAUCAAUAAUGCCAGCACUAUUGCCAGUAAUGCCAUUGGCACUACCAAGUCUAUUAGCAACAACGUUACCAUCACCGGCAAUAACAGCAGCAUCACUAAUCUCACCACUAACUUCAACAGUAAUGGAGGUAUCACUAGUUUUCCACGUUCAGAUGUUAUUCGCUCUACCAACCUCAGUCUCUCGCGUAUGAAUUCCACUCAAGAACUACUCACUAAACUACCUCUCAAGGACAAGAGCAUCGCCAUGAAUAGCAACCUAAGCAAUAAUUGCAGUCUAACACUGUUUCCCAAACUCAACUCGUCAGUGCCGACGAUGCUCAAACACCAGCCUUCAAAGCUAGACCUCAUAGACGACACUACUUUAACUUCACUACCUUUUCCGCCUCCUCCCAAGAUGAGAAAUCGCAGCUCAACGUCCAGCUCGAAUACCCUAUCCACCCAGCGGACUUUGGGAGGGUUGGGAAUUGCAUUACCUGGGGAAGAAAAGGAAAACUUGUUGAAUGACGUGGCAAAGCCAUCCCUUUCAGCAGAGUCUAACCCUAGCAUCACAAACGACAGAAAUGAAGCCAACACCGUAUUUUCUGAGCAAUUCGACAUCAACAGCAUCGUUGCCCUUGCUAAAUGCGAAUUCGAAGACGAGUACGAAGAAUACGACUAUGACGAAGACGAGAGUCAGGACCCCAUAGUUCUUGUAGAAGACUACAUGUACUCACGAAAUGUGGCCGAAACAAGUCUCUUGUCGAGUCCCAUGCUGGCGUCGGUCUCGUUUCCGCAAGAGCAAGCCAGAAUUAACAAGAAAAAGUCGUUGGCGACGUUCAAGCAGAGAAUCAACUCUGCCACUUUGCAUAGGCCCCCAGACAUAGCUGCCAUAGAUGUAGACUUAGAUGUCGACAUUGGUUUCAAGACUGAAACAACCAGCAUGUCUGGUGCCUCCUCACUCGCACCUGGCUCUAACGAAUUAGCCAAACGUGCUACCAAUAAGAGAGCCAUUUCAAAUGACAACACUAUAGUCAAACCCAACGCAGCACGUACAGAAAACCUCGAGGAGAUCUUCGGAAAGAUUCCAGGCUCGGAUUUGUUGAAGUACUGCGAUCUCUGUGAAAAGCCGUUGUACGAAAUCAGCUCCAUCAUCAACAACAACAAGAAGUUUAAGGCUUCUAGUAACAGCACAGCCAAGAUCAACCGCUUGUAUACUGAGUUCAUUUGCUGGGAAUGCGUAGAGACCUACGAAGACUUCUUCAACGAGUUGUACGAAAACGAGUUGGCAAUUGAUUCACUGCCUCAGGAAUCCGCCAAUGUUCGUUUAUUGGAGAUCUUCCGGUCCAUCCAAACGAAAUACGACCAACAGCGGCCGUAUAUAUCCAAACUGGCAAAUUUCAGCUUUCUCAAUCCUGCAAGAAAAUUGUCAGGAAAGUCGUCGACUUUCUCCGAAGGAUUGAUGAACCAGUUGGAUUAUCUCCGUAACGCAGCCGAAGAAACUCCAAAGAAACCUCCCAUCGAUUUGGACUGGAUCAAAAAUCUCCAGUACAAGAUACGAUGGUGGAGAUCGUCAACGUCUCCUACCAACAAAUAG